UAACCAUAAAUACACCAUCAAAGUAUGAACUAUGUUGUGGAGAAGGAACACAGACAUGCAGGCUAAAGAUAAGCUGAACAUGCAGAAAGAAGUCUUGCUUUGUGCUUAGAGCUUCACAUAACAGCCAAGGAUGGACAAAGAGCAGUGUUCCUCUCUGUUGGGAUUGUAGUAUUGUUUAAAAAAAUAAAAUAAAAAAUAACAACAACAACAACAACAACAACAACAGUAGGUAGGCCUAUAACCACCAGUGACCAAAACCGAAAGCUGUUCUUAAAAGUGCCUCAGCUGAAUCAAUGACAAGUGACAGACAGGACUAAUUUAAUACCCUUUAAAAGAAAGUAGGCUAUGCAAUGCACCUGACCACCCAAUCAGUUACAAGGUUUAUGGUCAUGUGAUUUCAACUCUCUCUCUCUCUCUGAAGCUAUCCGUUUUCAGAAUGAUUAAAUGAAUCGGUUAAAUUGGGCAUAAAUGAAAAUGAGAAUGACACAUAUAGUUAUAUCAAGAAUGAACCCCCGGCUAACAUUACGAGCGACUACAGCAAUCAACCUGACGCGUUAUAGCACCCGCUGCACCAGUCGAGGAACUGCAGCCGCCACAGCCGCAGAUCUGAGUGGCUGAGCGGCCACUGCCAGGUCCUGCAGACGGAGCAGCAGGAGCACGAGGUGGGGGGUGGAGGUAGUGGUGGCUGGCAGCCGCGCGGAGAGGAGGAGGAGGAGGCGCAGGCGGCGGUGCCACUGGCGGUACCCGAGUCUCGGCCGUGGAUGCUGCCCUCUGGGGACGGCCUGAGGAUGGCCUCGCCCGGCAUGCAGAUCUUCGGCUUCGUGCUGGCGCUGCUGGGCAUCAUGGGGGCCACGCUGGCCACGCUGCUGCCCAACUGGAAGGUGAGCGCCGACGUGGCCUCCAACAUCAUCUCGGCCAUCACGCAGAUGCAGGGCCUGUGGAUGGACUGCACCUGGUACAGCACCGGCGUGUUCAGCUGCACGCUCAAGUACUCGGUGCUGGCGCUGCCCGCCUACCUGCAGACGGCGCGCACCACCAUGGUGCUGUCGUGCGUGCUGGCCGCUCUGGGCCUCUGCCUGGCCUCGCUGGGCCUCAAGUGCACGCGCUGGGGAGGCGCCCGGCGGUCCAAGCAGCACGCCGCCAUGGCCAGCGGCGGCUGCUUCCUGCUGUCGGGCACCCUCUGCCUGGUCCCCGCCUGCUGGUUCACCGACGAGGUCAUCAAGAGCUUCCUGGACUCCAACGUGCCGCCCAACAACAAGUUUGAGCCGGGCGGCGCGCUCUACGUGGCCUUCGUGUCGGCCGGCUUCCUGCUGGCGGGCGGCUCCAUCUUCUGCGCCACGUGCCCGGGCAAGAGACAGGGGCCCCGCGACCUCAUCCUGCUGCCCCCCGACAAGCUGCUCCUGCAGCAGCAACAGCAGCUUCUCCAGCAGCAGCAGCACGACCAGCUGCAGCACCAGUACUGCUCCCUCUCGCCCAUGGACAACAAGACCGGCUACAGCCUGCAGGACUACGUGUGAGCGUGCGAGACUGGAAUGAGGGGGGAAAACAGAUCACGCUGGACUGACUGACUGACUCACUGACUCACACACACACACACACACACACACACACACCAGACACACACACACACACACACACACACACACACACACACACACUCACUUAAAUGUCCAUAUGUGCUGCCGCAGUCUGUCUGGGAAUAUGCUUUCUGUGAGAUAAAAGGGGGAGUUUAAAGUGAUGAGACGAAAGAUGGGAGAACUAACGUCUUUUCACCCCCUCCCUCCCUCCCUCUCCCCCCCCCCCGUUUUCCCCCGUGCAAGCACAAACAGUGGAGGUAUUUCCUGUGCUGUGCCUUGGAACAGACGGCCGGUGAAUAUUGAGGUGUGCAGGGGAGAGCACUGCAGUGAGUGGAGCAGAGACAGCGAGUCACAGCCAGGAGAAGAAGAUGCUGAACACAUCAGCAUGACGUAGAUGGUGAUCUAGAGUUCCUUUGGGAGUAGAAAACCUAUAAUGGAUACCUGGUCCCUUUUUUUUUCUCUUGCUUGCUCAAAGGAUUGGAUUGAAUUGAACAAUUCUCAAAAAGGACGUGGGAAAGCAAUCAUUUAGCUGCUAACAAUCGGACUAAAAAAGCAAGUUGGCAAUAUGUUUCAAAGAGGCAAUAGUUACGUGGAGUCCCUUGUGUUUUGCAAGCAUUUUAGUCAUUUUGGACUGUCCACUAGGGUAAUAGCUGAACUAAUGAGGUAUAUCGUCUUAUUUUUGGUAGCUGAUAGAAUGAUCGAUAUUCUGCCGAAGCAUGCUGUCUGGAGCCUGUGUUGAAUGCAGCCGUAUGCCUGGAUAGACGUCGAGACGCAGCCAGAAUGCCUGUGCCUCAAAAGCUGUAGUUUGUUUAUGCCGCUUAAACUGUUGACGUGAGGCUGACGGCCAGACAGAGAGGGUUUGGUCAUUAGAAGGAGGGGGUGGGGGGUGGACGUGUUGGCUGGACUAUGCUGAAUUGAGCUUGCAUCAGAUAUGACUGACAGGAGUCCCAUUGUCACCGCUGCAGAUGAGUAAGAUAAGUCCGUCGCGCCAGCAGAGUGGACAGUCAGGACAGGGCUGCCGCUUCCCCAGUAAGCCCCAAACAACAACAAGGAGCCGCCGUCGCCAGGGUGCACCCUGCUCAUUCAUCACACGUACGCACGCACACACACACACACACACAUUCACUUAAAGGCACACAAGCAAAAACACACACACACACACACACACAUUCACAUAAAAGGCACCCAAGUACACACACACACGAGCGCACUGAGCUGCAUGCACGCUUCUCACUCUCGCCGUCCCUCACUACCAUGGAAACAGAAUCCAGCACCCAAAUAUCUUUAUUGUCCGGGGGGGGGGGGGGGGUUUGUGGAUCUGUAGCUGUGCAGAGGGUCGUAGCUUACUGCUUGCUUUGCUUUCAGUCUCUCGUUCCUGCUCCUUUCUGCUACCUUCACGCUCCCUGUCGUGAUUCACCCUUGCGCUUGCCGAGAUCAAUGUCUGGAGACAAAGCCCUCUGCGGCACCUCCUCCCAGGCAUGGAUCUGUUUACCCUCCCCUCUCUUCCCCAGCGGAGGUCACAGGCGUCAGGCUCGGGCAGUAGUGUACAUGGCUGUAUGGGGGGAAAUGGAAAUCCCUUUCCUUCCUCCCUUCAUAUGUUAUGAAAAUAUGCAUGAUUUUUUAAGAGUGGCCUUCAUGCUUGUUACAAGUGUUCAUCUCAUCAAGAUCACGUCGAGGGUGGAUUUCAAGAGCAAAUCCACUUAUAAUUUAUCGUCGCCUCUGUUUGCACCAGUAAUACGCAAUGCUGAAUAUGUGUGUGUGUGUGUGUGUGUGUGUGUGUGUGUGUUUGUGUGUUUGUGUGUGUGUGUGUGCGCGCGCGUGUGCAUGCCUACAUCUUCCCCACACUUGACCAUCCUGUCAGCGAGCACCUUCUUGCUCUCGCUAGGCGCAUAUGGAACAUGCCUGUGACAGCAGGAACAGUUGCAUGUUGAGUACAGGCUUGCCAGCAAAACCCAGUCAACCACACACAUAAACAAACAACCCACCUCCUCACAAGCAGCACAUACACAUGCAUACACACACACACACACGCACACACAACCAGCACACAAUCGCCCCUCUUUCCUGUUGACCGCAUGUCAAGUGUGUGUGUGUGUGUGUCAGUGUGCGUGAGAUUGAGCGUUUUGAUGGGUGAUGGAAGAUAGCGUCUCCAGCCUGGGAAGAGUGACUCUGGUGACAGGCGCUUGCUAGUGAUGUAUGGCGCGGUGUGAUCUGGAGUCCCGCCGGGCAAACAGAUGGCGCAGACCAGCCCGCCACCUGCAGGCGGUGCUUGGCGCGCGGAGAGGGCAACGCCAGGGACCUGGCUGCCCUUCUGGGGUGGAUUACGCCACAACCAUAGCUGCCACGAUGGACACCUGGACAAUGGUGGCUGCCCAGGCACUGUUACGAAAUUGCAAUAACUAUGCUGAAUGUGCUCCCCCCGAAACAAAAGCUUGCAGGAUGUGUUGGGGUGCAAGAAUGUGCCAAAUCUACUUCUCACAAUGAGUUUUGCCAUUUAUGUAUGGUCCAAUAGUUCAGAGCUUGCCAAUUCAACUAAGAUAGAGGAAUUUGGUAGAAUACGAGUGUAUCCAAGAACACAAAAGACCUGUCCACGCAGACUGAACAUCCACUGAAAUGCGAUCUUGUUUACAGUUUUCAUAGACGCAGUGAACAUUUCUGAUUCAUUUUAAUGUAUUGAAUCUCUUCUGUAAUUCCAGAGCACAAUUAUCUCAGUAGAGAAACCUGGUUUAGGCAGAAUGUGAGGAGCUGUUUUUUAUUUAAGGAAAGGCACAUCAGUUGUGCAUUUGGGAUUUGUUCUCCACUGCAUCUGAGCUUGAAGAAGCAUUUUCAAUUAGCCAUUACUCUAUGAACUUUUCCUUUUACCGAGGGAACAUGCAGUUGAACCCUCAUUUAAGCAUCCAAGCAUGUUCAUACCAAAUCUUCUUUAUAAGAAGCAACACAUUUUACACCUUGACGUGUGACUUAGAUUGACAGCAGCUGGUUUGUGGCUCAAUAUUGCAGAUGCUCACAGAGGGGAAACACAUUUCUUUGUACAUAGUUAUGCUAGCAGUGUGAACAAACCCUUCCCCCUUUUGUCUGGUAAAAUUUAGCAGGCAAAACUAGGCCGGAGUCAUUUAUGUGAUAUUGCAGCUUGUUUAUCAGCACUAAUUCAUGAGCUUCAAAUGGCCUGGGUGUUACAGCUCUCCAACAGUUGAAUAUCAUUACUAAAUAUAAACAAUAAUAAUAAUUAGCAUUUGGUUAAAUGCAGCUUAUUUUUGUGGAUGCUUAAAGCACUUCAUAAUUUUGCAAAGGGUUACAGUUCAAAGCGUUCCAGUACUGUUGUCUCAGUGUGCUUGUGCAAGUAGUUAUAUUUUUUACUAAUAAAACUAUUUUGUGGAAGCAA